UCAAAUCAGUGUGAAAUAGUCUGGCAGCGCAUUGACACAAUGCAACGUGUGUGGAGCUGCUUUCCUUAUUCUUGGGUCGUGUAUUGUCUUUUGAAUUACAGCCACAUUGGAGCAACAACUGCUGCAGGCGUCUAUGCUCGCCUUGGAGGACCUGUGACUGUGACGUGGGCCAUGUCUCCCAUCAAGGAGUUCAAGGUGAUGAAGGAAUACAGGAUAGUGUUUCAGAUAACUGGCAGCAAUAAAGUAACACUUGCUGAUGAGGAACUGAGGACAAGGAUUAAUAGCGACUCAUUGUCCUACACACGUGGAACCUUCAGUUUCCAACUGUAUAACGUGACCCCCUCUGACGCUGGCCAGUACAGCUGUCACCUGGACCCGACACGUCCGCCGUAUAGAAGAACAAGGAUGCCAAACUGUGGACAAACACUUUAUGUUAUAGAUUUUCAUCACCCCUACAUACAUCUUGAAAGGGAACAUAACAGAACCGUGAACCUGACAUGCAACUGUAGACUACGGAUCUAUCCGGAUAGCGUCCCAACUGUGUCAGUCACAUGGAGAGAAAACAAUAUCAGGCUGUAUAGUGGGGAGAGAAAUCACAUGGCGUCAUCUGAGACGUGGAGCUCUGUGUAUGAUGGGAGACAGAUAAACCACACCAGCACCUUGACCAUUCGUGAUAGUUGGCGGGAGAACGACAGAUACAAGUGUCAGGCUGGAGUGGGGGAGAUACAGUCUGAGUGGAGUGUGGAUAUUGCACUAAUAUAUUGGUCUGAUGAUAACAAGAACUACACUGUGGUGCCUGGAGGAGAGGAUGCCAUGAUGACGUGGAAGAUGCCCUCACUGGAGAGCGGGUCCUACAUCACGUCGCCCUCUGGUCCACAUUUUAUGUGGAAGCUAUCUGAUAAAUGGAAUGUUGGGCAUACCUAUACCUCACGACUACAGAUCAAGGGAGUUAGUCCUUCAUCUGAAUUUGUCAUUGCACGUUUGUUGCUUCAUAAUGUUACAGCAGCUGACGCUGGCAAAUACUUCUGUGUCAGCGGAUAUCGCCGUGUACCUCAGUGUGGACAUAAGCUGAUUGUCUCACGAAAACCAGAGGAGGCAAUCAUCACUGCCACCAAGAUCAAUCUGAAUCAAGACAGAACGCUGAUAUGUUCCACCACGUCCCGGAGUCUUCCCCGGGACCACAAUCUGACCAUGUCCUACAUCUGGAGAAGAGACAACGCCAGGCUGCUGAGUGGAGGAAGGCAUCAGGUGUCAGGCUCCACCUUGACAAUCCCUGAUGUCAGAGAGGAGGAUAGUGGGAGCUACUCAUGUCAGGGUAGAGAGGAGGGUGGACAGGUGUCGGGAUGGAGCAGCAUCUUUGUCCUCAUUGUGCGCCAACCAAGAAACUCAACAUUCAUAGGCACACAUACGACCACAGCUGCCAUUAGCUUCAUCAUUGGCUGUUCAGUGGAGGUUAUCACUCUGUUUGCCAUUGCUGUUGUGGUCCUUCUCCGACGGAAGUCUAUCAGGGAAUACUGCGAUCGAAGAUUUCGUGAUUUGUACAUCACACCUACUGACAAUACAAAUCUAUCCCUCCACCAAAUGACUGAUCCAGAGUAUGAUGUUAUUGAUACAUAUCUGCCACAACAAGACUCAGCUGAAGGACACAGACCACAUGUUUCAAGUAGCUCGGCCUGUCAAGGGGUUUCAUUUGGAGCUCUCAGUAUGGACCAAAUGCCACUCCAAAACAUGACUUAUCCUGGUUAUGAUAUCAUCGGUGAAAUGGUUAUGCCACACCUAGGAGCAGCCGAAGGACAAAAGACAGAAGUUACCAGUAGCCUGGGCUGUCAAGAGGACAGUUUUGUGACUCACAAAGUGGAACAUCAAGCAACCAUGGAACCAGACCAAGGACAUUUGGAUUAUACUGAACCAGAAACUACUUCAGACUCAGGGAGCAAGGUACAUAGAAGGCACGAGAAAAACGAAGUGGAUGAAAAUGUGUCUGUGAGGCAACACAGUAUGACUGUACAGGAACCUGAAACAGUCCACGAUGGUGUUACUGUAAUUAUGUUAAACCAUCUCGAGAAAUACUAUCCUGAUGAAAGCAAAGAUGAAAUUGGAAUCUCCUUUCAACGCCCUUCAGAAGACCUUGAGUCAGUUAACUCUCACGUAGGUGCUCAACCAGACACCGGGUUGAAAAUCAUGUCUGACUUAGACAAUGUCAUUACUAAAACAAUGUCCAUUCACACUCGAAGAGAAGGGAGAUGUAGGAAUGCUGAGAAGGAUGUCAUUAGAGAGAAUGCUGAAGCACAUCAGGAGUUGGUAGAGAAGGUCUUAUCAGAGAUUGACAGUACAAAAAACAGUGCUGACAUGGAGCAGAAUUCCCUCUAUGAAGAUGUAAUCACAGCUGAUGAAACUGAACCCUCGUGCGAUGAUGGAUAUGAAGGUUUUAUGGCGCAAGGUCAGUACCAUGACUAUGAAGCAUUAUAACCUGUCUGAAGCUCAUUGGACUAAUAGCCAAGCCAACCCAACAUUAGUCCGCCAUCUGCCGUUAUCUGAGGUUACAGCACAUGCAUUUGAUCCCAGUAUUUGGUUCACAUUUCAGAUUCAUGUAGGCUGCGGGUCCGGCGAUACGACAUUCACUCUCAAAUAGAGAUGUUGCCUUGCUCUGUGUACUAAGUUCUCUUUUUGUGUUAUUUUACUUUGAUAAUACAUGUCACAUAUUCCACAGUGUUGAAUAUGCUUGCUAUUGUUCUCACAUAAGAUGACCGUUGUCCCGUGUCAACUGACAUACUCCACCUGCUGUUUUUAAUGUUUUCUCUUUGGACAACUUUUGUCACGGCUUGAACUCAUUAUGAUUUGUGUACAUAGUCAUUAUCUAUUGUAAUUAUUUUUAAUGCAAAGCUGUUGUGAAUAAUUCUUCAUAUUUUAGAGUAUUUUAUAACUAUAAUCAGUCACAUCGUUUCAUGCAUGCUGGGUUUCGACAUUUAAUCACCAUAAACACAGUUCGUAUUUAAUAAAAUUU